AAGAAAACAUCUGUAAUUUUCUUUGUGCCACUUCUUCAUGUUCUUCACAUUACUCUGGGAGAGGAGAACGGAAGCUGUAAGGAUAUGCUACAGGGAUAUUUGACAGGACAAUUGUCGUCUGCAUUAGGGGCAUAUCAGGUGGAGGCUUUAAAGCGGCAAUUCAAAAGCUUUACCGAAACCAUGGAACAAUCUAUGAAGGAUUUCAAGAAAGAGGUUGAAGCUGGAGUUAACAAUGGAGAAAGAGAUAAUAGGAGUACAGUUUACACAAGAUGGGGGAAGAAAACGUGCCCUUCCAAUGCAGAAAUAGUUUAUUCGGGAUUAACAGGGGGAUCACAUCAAGAUCACAGAGGAGCAGCUGUAGAUCCAUUGUGUUUACCGAGGGAUCCAGAGUGGGGGAUCUACAGGGAUGGAACUGAUGGAUAUAAGGCUUAUGUGUUUGGAGCAGAAUACCAAACAGAGUCAUUUAGCCAAACGUCUUCACUUCAUGACCAUGAUAUCCCUUGUGCUGUUUGCCUGGUACGGAAUAGAUCUGUAUCGAGAGUAUUUCCAGCAAGAAGAACAUGCUACAAAGGUUGGAGUUUAGAGUACGAGGGUUAUCUUAUGGCCGGAUGGUUUAAUCAUGCAGCUGCAACAACAUAUAAAUGUGUAGACAAAAAUCCAGACACCUUACACGGUGGCCAAUCUAACAAAGAUGGCUACCUUUUUUAUCAUGUCGAGGCUCGAUGUGGCUCCUUGAAAUGUCCUCCGUACGUAGAAGGAAGAGAAUUGAUGUGUGCCGUCUGUUCUAAAGAAUGACAAUAAUUUUUUUUUUUUUAAUCAAGGUGUUUUAAAUUGUUAUUUGUAUGAAAAGAUCGAUCUUUUAACAAAUAUUACAAUCCAUUCAUAUAUUGUUAGAUAUAUUGCAAAUAAAUCAAUCGUUAAUAGUUUUUGGAA